AUGAAGUUGAAGGAGGAUAUGAACCCCCUGCUGCUGCAGGUUUUCCGUUCAGUGGUCUGGGUCUAUUCUGUCAUCACCUUCAUACCCUGGUACUUCUUCUCUGGAGCUGGCAACAGCUUGGAACGAGCCCGCAGGAUCAAGGCACGCUCGGUUAGCGGGCACCCAGCAGGGCCUUACAGAGCAGUCAACAGCCAAAAGGAGCUAGUUGCGUGGCUCCACCCUGGCGUGGACACCGUGGACAAAAUGUUUGAAUACGCUGCCAAAAAGUUUCCUAAGAGAGACUGUCUGGGAACCAGGGAGGUGCUCAGUGAGGAGGAUGAGCGCCAGCCGAACGGCAAGAUCUUUAAAAAGGUAAUUCUCGGGAACUAUAACUGGCUGUCUUAUGAGGAAGCCUACCAGGCAGCAAAGUGUUUUGGCAGUGGUUUGGCAGCUCUCAAUCAGAAGCCUCACUGUAACAUCGCCAUCUUCUGUGAGACCAGAGCGGAGUGGAUUGUCGCAGCACAAGCCUGCUUCAUGUACAAUUUCCCACUUGUGACCUUGUACGCUACUCUCGGACCCGUGGCCAUUGCACAUGGGCUGAAUGAGACCGAAGUCACGCACAUCAUCACAAGCAAAGACCUUCUGCAGAGCCGUCUCAAGGCCAUUCUGUGUGACGUGCCCAGGCUGCAGUAUAUCAUCGUAGUGGACCGUAAACCCACAAGCUGGCCAGACAUUCCUAAAGGCAUCAUGGUCUACAACAUGGACACAGUGAAGGAGAUGGGAUCCAGGCCUGACAAUAUUGCAGUAGACCGCAGAAAGCCAGAGACCUCAGACAUCGCAGUUAUCAUGUACACCAGCGGCUCCACAGGCAUCCCCAAGGGUGUCAUGAUCUCCCAUGGCAACCUCAUUGCUGGCAUCACAGGCAUGGCGGAGCGAAUCCCUAACCUCAAUGAGACAGACACCUAUAUCGGCUACCUGCCGUUAGCCCACGUUUUGGAGCUCAGCGCGGAACUGGUGUCCAUCUCUCAUGGGUGUCGCAUCGGCUACUCCUCUCCUCAGACUCUAGCAGACCAGUCCACCAAGAUCAAGAAGGGCAGUAAAGGUGAUACCAGUGUGCUUAAACCCACUCUCAUGGCUGCUGUACCAGAGAUCAUGGAUCGGAUUUACAAAAACGUAAUGACCAAAGUGGAGGAGAUGAGCAAAUUCCAGAGGACGCUGUUUGUGCUGGCUUACAACUACAAGAUGGAGCAGAUCUCCAAGGGCUACAGCACACCUCUCUGUGACCGUCUGGUGUUCAAACGUGUGCGUGCGCUCUUGGGAGGGAAAACACGGGUGCUGCUGUCUGGCGGAGCUCCCCUCUCGGCUGCUACACAGAGAUUCAUGAACAUCUGUAUGUGCUGCCCUGUGGGGCAAGGCUAUGGUCUGACGGAGACUUGUGGAGCUGGCACCAUCAGUGAAUUUUGGGACUACAGCACAGGGCGGGUUGGUGCUCCACUGGUUUGUUCAGAGAUCACACUGAAGGACUGGGAAGAGGGUGGUUACUACAGCACAGACAAGCCCAACCCAAGAGGGGAAAUUCUGAUUGGUGGGCCCAACGUAACAAUGGGUUACUACAAAAGCAAAGGCAAGAUCCAAGACGACUUCUUUGUGGACAAGAACGGCCAGAGAUGGUUCUGCACUGGAGACAUUGGAGAAUUCCACCCCGACGGAUGCCUCAAGAUCAUCGACCGUAAGAAAGAUCUGGUGAAACUACAGGCAGGUGAAUAUGUCUCUCUUGGAAAAGUGGAGGCUGCUCUGAAAAACUGUGCACUCAUAGACAAUAUUUGUGCCUAUGCCAACAGUGACCAGUCAUAUGUGAUCAGCUUUGUGGUGCCUAACCACAAGCAGCUAAUGGCCCUGGCUGAGCAGAUGCAAAUAAAGGGCUCGUGGGAAGAAAUCUGCAACAACUCCCUGAUGGAGAAGGAGGUCCUCCACAUCAUCACUGAGGCUGCUAUCACAGCAAAAUUGGAGCGAUUUGAGAUUCCCAAGAAGAUCCGGCUGAGCGCUGAGCCCUGGACCCCAGAGACAGGCUUGGUGACCGACGCGUUCAAACUAAAACGCAAGGAGCUAAAGACACACUACCAGGAAGAUAUCGAGAGGCUGUACGGAGGAAAAUAACACACAGACACACUCCCAGCAACCAGUAAACACAUCCACAUAUAUACCUGCAAACACUCACACAGCGCUCAAAGGCUACUUCCAAGACUACUUCCAAGACUACUUCCUGAGGAGUUACAUUUAAGAUAACAGUAACACAUACAUACACACACACACAAAAACACCCACAGGGACCCAUGCACCUCCUUCCCGGCUUCCCUGCAACCAGCUUCGAUCAAAGCAGGAGGGGGCGGGGGGGGACUCUUGAAUCCAGCUUAAUGGUUUCUGUCAAAACCUAAGAGGCUGAACAGACAGCUGAGCCAGCCAGACGUGUGCAAUGCACCAAACACUCCCUUUCAAGGAAUUCAGGUCUUUGAGUUGCUGUGACGACCAAGACAGCGAAUGAAGUCAGACCUUUGCAUGACUCGAAGUGAAACAAAUGUCAAGCUUGAUGCAGCUGAACCCAUGUCAGCGACCACACUCUGUUUGCUUCUCCUCCCACUGCCCUGCAUGCUGGAUUGUGCCACCUGGGGGGUGUGGGGGUGGGGGGCAUGAAGUGCGCACCCCUGGCAGAGACAUGGUGGGGGGGGGUAGCAUGAGCCCAACAGAGGGGACACCUCCUGGGCUCAAAGUAACAUUCAGGUCUGCAGGGAUCUCUGUGAUCUUUUAUUUUUUAAAUCCACAUUUCAACAUUUCCUUCAUGUUUGGUUUGUUAGCUUUUAAACCCAUCUGAUCAGUUUUCUGUGUAAGGAAUGGGUGUUCCAAAGCCAUGAGAGAUUUGAGCAUUAGGAUGUCUUCAAAUACAUUUUCAUACUGUUACUUUAUGGUGGUAUUAUUUGGUAAGGGGUGGGGUGGGGGUUCUUUUCCUUUUUUAUUAUUUCUGAUUUGUUCAUGCUACCUGUACUUUAAUGGUCUUUGUUUACAAGCUUUUUCAUUUCCUUUUUGUAAUCUUUUUCUCCCUUUAUUAGCCUGUGUCAUAAGGUCUGUACAUUUGAAUUUUGACUUACUGACUUGACCUAGUUACAAAUGAUGGAGUGUUAUCCCUUCUGCUGUUCCCUGCCUACACAGGAUUGUCAAACAUUAGGACCAAUUGGGAGUGUUUUUGUUUUUGUUUUCCUUUCAGUUGCUUUUCGUGGUUUAUUGACAUACACUAGCCAUCCCACAUGUUCCUCCAGUCACGACCAAUGCACCAAAUGGAUGGUUUCAAGGGAACUUAGUUGCUUACCGUAGGAAGAAUAGUUACACUAGUUAGCCUUUCAUAGACUGCUGUCCCAGUUACUUUUUGGUGCAACUGUACACGUUUUUACCAUAGGUCUAUUUACUAUUACUUUACCUUUUUAUGUAUAAAAAAUGAAAUGCAAAGUGAAUGUGCAAUAUUUAUACUCAAAUAUUAAAAGUAUCUAAGAAGGAAGCCGAAAAGAAAAACAAAAAAGCGCACAUGCAGCGGCCCUUUCACGGCGUGUUAACAUUUAGGCCUAGACUUCAGUGCAUAAUGGAACGCCUGUAGGAAUGUAGAAAUGUGGGCGAUGGUAGAGAGACACUGAUAGGGAAGUCUAGAUGUAGCUCCUUUUGAACGUACUGUGCUGCAAAUGUUUUUAAUAAGACUGUAAAGUUUUAAAAAAAAAAGUUAUAUCUGGCAUUGUAGAAAAUUGCAUGAUGAAAAGUGCACAUGUACCAAAGCACAUCAGUAUGAGAGAAUCGCACUCCAUUCAGACAACUGAAGAAAUAAUUUAUGGACCCAAUCCUGUUCUCUUCUUUUUUUCUUUUUCUUUUUUUAAAGUUGGGAGUGUACGCAUAGCUGAAGCUCAAUUCACAUUUCUGUAUCUUGAAAUUGGUUGAUCUGUAUAAUAUUUGUGCAGUGUGUAUAUAAAAGGGUCUCCAAUGCUACAGACACCUGACAUUUAUUUGAAAUGUUGUAAAAAAAAAAAAAAACAUGCAUUAAUUAAUGUAGGUUUAUGGAUUUGGUGCUGGUGGUUGAUAUACUCUGAAUGGCAAUAGUGCAAAGUGAAUUUUACAAGCUUUGUUAUUUCCUUCUUCCCUGUUCUUAGAUUUCUUUUAUUUUGUUGUAAGGUUUACAUCUUUCUUGCAGCCGCCUUUUUCUGAAUGCAAACCCUGCUUUGCUUGUAACGAAGAUGACAUUAAUAAAGGGUACAGUAGGGUCCUCCUAACAGCAUCUGUCAUCAGAUUUCAUACAUAACUUUGACCAAACUAUCGCGAUAAAGUUGGGGGGGACCCGUGCCUCCCUUUGUGUGUGCUGUUUGCUGCUUUUUCUCUGCCUGGCUCGAGGCGGCUGGUUGCCUUCUGACACACACGAGCUAUCUUCAGGGGUCUUUAGAAUGUGAAGCACUCCACGCAUUGUUUUUUUUUGUUUGUUUGUUUUUUUUCUUGAUGGCGCACGUCAUCUCAUACCAACAAGAAUUAUCUGAACUAACAAGACAAAGACUGAGGGGUGGUGCAGAGAUCAAUUUCACCAUUCCUGUUAUUUUCGCUUUCUUUGUAAAUAUCAGGGAGGUGGGGGUGGUUGGGGCAGGUCUCACAGAUCAAAGUUCAUUUAAAGUACCAAUAACUGUACAGGUGUAAAUCCUCCUGUUAAUAUGUUUAGUAAUCUUUGUAACUGAACUUUUUUUUUUUUUUUUUUUUUUUUUUUUCGGGGUGGUUAAGUAGCCCUGAAAGCUGAGCUACUGCAAGUGUCUUCUUCCUUUUAUUUAUUUGUGAUUUGGCCUUGGAAAUUAUGUCAUGAAAUAAACAAGUUUGUGUUGUAAA